AUGGGCAGCUCACAAUCCACGGAGGCGACAGAAAGAGCGAGUAAGAGCCAGCCCAAAGGCAAAGUAGCAAUUAUCGGCGGCGGCCCUGGAGGUGCCGGUGUCUCUCGAGCGCUUGUGGCUCGCGGAUUUGACGUAGACAUCUUUGAGAGUCAAGAUGGGUUUGGAGGCGUGUGGAAAUAUACGGGCAGGGGACCAAUGUACAGAGAUCUAGAUACAAACAUUGUCGCAAAGCUAAUGGAGUACAAAGAUUUUCCAUUCAAGGGCUCCCAGGGCUACAGAGACCGUGAAGAUGUCUAUGAGUACGUGGUCGAGUACAGCAAGAAAUAUACGACAAAUGUCCACUUUAAUACUACCAUUGCGAAUGUACUAAAAGAUGAAAACAGCUGGAGGCUAAUUGAUAUCAAAGGCAAAGAGUAUGAGGCUGAUUUUAUCGUACUGGCCGCUGGUCAUUAUAAUGUACCGUUCACACCCGAAAUUGAAGGAAUUGAGGAGUGGAGGAAGGUUCAUCCCGGAACAGUGCUGCAUUCAAGAACAUUUGAUAACCCCGAUGUGUUUGAGAACAAAAAAGUAGUAGUGGUAGGGAAUGGUGCUUCGGGGCUAGACGUGGCCAUUCAAAUUUUAAGUGUGACAGCACCCGUGUCUGUUUGCCGACGUCAUGAGGCUCCAUCUGAUGUUUUGUUUGAUGGCGAAAACAUGGUGCUGAAACCAGAACUCAUCAAGGUGGAUGCCCAGACUCAAACUGUUUACUACCAGGAUGGAUCGUCAGAUCCCGCGGAUGUAAUCCUGUUUUGCACAGGUUACCUCUACGAGUUUCCGUUCCUCAGAGAGUUUUCUGAUGGCCAAAAGUAUCCUUUGCUGCAUCCCCGUCGACAGAGAUUAUGCAACUUGUACGAGCGGACGAUUUACUUGACCGACCCCACACUUGCUGUCGUGGGAAUGGACAAGCAGAUUGUUCCAAUGCCAGUUUCUGAGGCCCAAGGAGCCGUUAUUGCUCGGGUGUUUGCAAAGGAUCUCACGCUUCCACCACUGGCCGAGAUGGUCGAACUCGAACGACGUGCGGUCGAGGUGCGCGGCGACGGCCAAUCAUACCACAACCUGGGGUACCCAAAUGAUGCUGAAUGGAUGGCUAAACUAGAUGAGUGGGUCGAUACGGCACCUACAGAAAGAGGCUUCACUGCUGAAAAGUGGGACUCCGAGAAGUUAGACCUCCGCAAGCACUCGUCGAAAACAAAGCUCGGCGAGUUUCGUCAUAAAAUCGACCAAUCAAACAGAAAGAGACUACAGAAAUAA